AUGAGUAUCGACGCUGGCGGUCUUGCUCAAAUGACUUACAACAACAACUUCAAUAAUGGCACUUCCCUCGGUGUGCCGGGCUCCGGCUUCGCCUCGAGAGGGAAGGGCUCUCACAUCAAACGCCUGAGUAUGCCUCCUCAGGUGGCCAACAUGGACGAAUCGCAGCAGUCUUCUGUUUCGACUCCACGCACCAGCCGCUCGCAUCUCCUGGCUGGCCUGCGAACCGCCCCUAGAUCCGCCACCAUUCCCUCACACCACCACCAGCAACCUGGUAUGGACAGUGGACGCUUCCCUGGAUCCAACCGAGGAAUGGAUCGGGUUCCUCAGACUGCUACGGGAGCUGGUUUCCCGCAGCAUAGAUACCCUUCGAACCAGCGGAUGAACGCGCAGCAGCAGCAGAACCAGAACCGCCCAAUGUACACUAUGCCGGAGCAGGUGCUCGCUCCUCCUACCUUUGAUGACUCGGGUAUCGAUGAGAGUAUGUACGCGGAAUUGAUGUCGACCAACCUCUUCCUGGCCGCACAGCAGCAGCGUCUGCAACAGCAGCUGAUCAGUGUAACCGCUGCCGCCCAACAAUUCCAGGGUCUCACCCUUGGAGGCAUGGGAGGCAUGUCGCUUCAUCAGCAGCAGGCCAUGCAACAGGCCAUGCCCUCGCUGAAUACAAACCUCCCUGGCAUGGGGUUAUACCAGCAACAGCUCCAGCAGGGUGUGCAACCGAUCGUGCAGCCAGUUCCUGGCCAACCCGGCCUGUACUGCGUCUACAACCCUCUUACAGGCCAGCAGAGCUACAUCAUGGACAAUAGCACCCAGGAGGAUUAUUCACCUCAGCCGUAUGAACAUCAAUCGUCAAACCAGCAGGUGCCUCAAUUCCGAGCCGAGAUCUCCCCUCCGGCGGAGUCGCAUCCAUCUCAGAUGUACUUUUCGCAGCCGAUCUCUCCUCCCAGUGGAACUCCUUCGCCGCCGGUCGAGUCUGCAAACGGGCUCCGCCGGAAUCACAGGAAGAAUCCUUCGUUCAACCCUACGCUGAAGACAACCAUCGACACCACCAAGGCCAAUGUCGGUAACGGUCCUCGUUCAGCUGCUCUGCCGCCUACGCCUGCUACUGGAACCUUUGCCCCCGGUCAUUCCCGUGCUGGUGAGCACCCGAUCCGUCAGCCUCGUGGACCUCCAUCCCUCGAGGAUCUCGUGGCCAAGCCUACUUCCAAGCAUGAGGGCAGCAAGAACUUCGCUACCCGCCAGCGGCGCCGCGCCGUCCACAACUUGGUGCGUGCUGGAAUCGAGCGUCGUGGCGAUGCUCGUAGCUAUGGAUAUAACAGCAGUGGCGGUACCAACACACCGGCCAGCGAGAAGGAAUUCACCUUCUCCGAUGGUGAUGAUGCGACUGUCCGCAGUGAUAGCCUCUCCAGCAAGCCCAGUCUGGGCAGCCUCCGCGCUGCGGCUAAUGGUGCUAUUGGAUCUGAGCGCAAGGAGAAGACCGGCCGUGACCGCAACUCCCUUGACAGCCCUUACUCCAGUGCCACCCCGACCAGCGAGGAUGGCUACUUUGGAUCGAAGUUCACCGAUGCUCACGCGGACCAUGUUCCUUCGCCGACAGGCACCUCGUCACCCUCUGUGGCGUCUGUCGUCGCAAGCCAGGGGCAACAGCAGGCUCAAGCACCAGAGCGCCGCAAGACACCUAUGCUUGUGUUGUCCAGCGCUGAAAAGCGCAAGACCCCUAUCAUGUAA